AUGGCCGUGACGGACAUGUACCCUGAACUGGAUAUUAAUGGUAUUUUGUGGAAUAAAAUGAAGACAUUGAUGGAAACGCUCAAGGAACCGGGCAUUAUAGAAGCAAUGAAAGAAGACAUCAACAAGUUCAGGUUCAAGGAAGCUCCGAAACUGUUAGUGGGUGCUGUUCAUUGGCCACCGCAUACAACGGUACUGGAGAGGACACCGGAGGCAACGCAUACUUAUGGCGGAAGUAGGGACGUGGGAGAGAAGUUUUACGUUACAGGACCCGUAGGAAACUUGCUCGACAUCUUGGCAGAAGGAUACAACUUUACAUAUGCUCUAACUCAGCCUGAUGACCUCACGUGGGGAGCUGUACUUCCUAACGGUACUUGGUCAGGAAUGGUCGGACAAGUUCACAGAAAGGAGACUGAUCUGGCCUUGGGACCCUUUGGCCACAGCUCAAGUCGAGCCAAAGUGGUCGACUUCACCAUGUCGUUUUACUACGACGACCGAUGCAUCACAGCCAGGAAGGGUCGCCCUGAAAUCGACCCCUGGGGAUUCCUUCUGCCCCUCUCACCUGAAGUCUGGGCGGGAAUCGUAGGGGCGCUGAUCGUGGGUUGGGUGGCCAUGGUAUUUUUCACCUCCUUGUCUGUGGGGAAUGGCAUGGCCGCCGAAAAGGACGGGGCUCCUACUCUCUUUUUCCAGCAUGUAAGGGUUCUCUUGAAUCAAGGCGCCUCUGACAGAUUCACCAGGAAUAUUUAUCAACGUCUGAUUCUGGGCAGUUGGACAAUUGUCGUGAUUAUGGUGUUGUGGAGUUACUCAGGGAACCUCGUCUCCCAGCUGGCUGUGAGGUACAUUCCUCAGCCCAUUCAGAGCAUCAGAAAGCUGAUCAGUAGUGGAAAUGGCAUUAUCAUGAAGCCAAAUACUAUUAUCACUACUGCUAUCACGCAAGCAGAAUCAGGGGAACUGGCAGAACUCAACAAACUAAAUGACGUGGGCCUUUUCAAGUAUACUGCAGCUGAGGCAUUUCCGGAGCGACUGGACACUUUAGUAAGGAGAGGCGAUCAUGUGUUGUUUGUGACCAGUCUGGAAUCUGACCUAUUGUUGGCUAGUGACUUUGCAAAAACAGGGAGAUGUGAUUUUUACAAGUCCAAGCAAAGAUUACUGGGAACACUCCAUUGCUUGAUUGCGCAGAAAGGCAGCCCUCUGAUGCCACUCAUCAACGUAAAGAUUUCUCAGGUAGUGGAAUCAGGUUUGUACGUACACUGGUUGCAGAAAACAAUUCCUUUUGCUGACGCUUGCAAACAAUCCCCAUCGAAAAUCACCAUCGACGAACCAUUGGCUCUUUCAAAUCUGUGGGAAAUGGAUUUCAGUAUGGCUCAUGGUGAGCGAUAUCUGCAUCUCCCUCUUGCACACGACAUAGCGGUUGUAACUAUUAAUAUCACCAAUGUCGAUCAACAACAACAAGAACUUACAGAAUUAAUGAGUAAAAUCGAAAGUGUCAUGACUACUAACCAGAAUAAUUCUGUUUUGUUAAAGCUUAGAGAGGGUAUCAGUCAGGUGUUAUCCAAGUGA